AUGACGGUAUCCUGGCUGUUCGGCGUCUCUGGAGCCACAUUGGGCCAAUGUGCCUUGAAUCUGGGAAUGCUUGUUAUGUCACCAAUAAUGAUCUCAGAAAUUUGCCCUUACAACUCUAGGCCUGCUAUAACACAGUUCACACAAGUGCUUCCGCCUCUGCUUGCCAUCUUUGAAGUAGCUGCAUUUCCGAGCCUUGUUUCGAGUUUCGGGGCUGAGCUAUUCUUCUUACUCUCUAGCUGCUGCGCCGUGUUAGCUGUGCUUCUUUUAAAGCAGGUACAGAUGUUGGUUAUUCCGUAA